AUGGCCUUCAACUUUAACUGGUCGCCGCUAACAGCGGAUGCCGACUUCUAUGCUCGAGCGCGCGACCUCUUGACCAAGGCUCUCAAUAAGAGUCCGAAGCCGCCCAUCAUCGUCGAUGAUAUUCUGGUCAGCGAGUUCAAUCUCGGAACUGUUCCUCCUGAUCUGGAAAUUCUGGAAAUUGGUGACCUUGCAGAGGAUCGAUUCCGGGGCAUCUUCAAAAUGACUUAUUCUGGUGAUGCUUUCCUGACACUCAAAACAAGAGUUCAAGCAAAUCCCUUGAACACAUACCUAUACUCUAAACCGACAUUCACAUCUCCUCAACCAUUAGCUGCCGCUUCUGGACUGACCAUUCCACUCUCGAUCACAUUGUCGGAUUUCAAGCUUUCGGCGUUUAUCAUCCUUGUCUUUUCGAAGCAAAAAGGUCUUACCCUCGUCUUCCGAAAUGACCCACUCGAAUCCCUCAAGGUAUCUUCUACCUUCGACUCGAUACAAUUCGUACGCGACUAUUUGCAACGAACCAUUGAGCAGCAAUUGCGGAACUUGAUGAUGGACGAGCUGCCAGCAAUUAUUCACAGACUAUCCCUUCAGCUAUGGUGUCCUGAUCAAGCGAACAAGGGCACCGAAACUCCUACAGAAACAGAAGACGAGACAGGCGUAGACCCUCUGGCUAGCCCACCAUUGGAUCCAGUAGACGCCAAUGGAAACCUUCUGGACCCUAAUGCUAUUUCUGAACUUACAUUGAACGGGAGCGGCGAAGUUCAGUCACUCUUUUCUCAGAAGAAUCUGUUGCGACUUGCCGCCUUGACUGACUCACACCGCACGUUAUCCCUCUUCACUCCUGGCAUUCGUGAUGUCGUCUUCCGGGCGUGGACAGGCUAUGGCGAUCGAUCGGAAACAUCAACGCCUCUAGCUUCAACACCUAGUCUCACCAAGACAAUGUCAUUUCAUGCAGGCAAUUCGACAACAUACACCUUUUCGGAUACUGCAAGCAAUGCCCACGGAUCACUACCGUCUCGCCCCUCGCUUGUCAGUAUGAAUUCUGGAACGAAUGGACGAGCUCUUGGGGCUGGACGAUCACGAGCAGGACGAAAGAAGAAGACACGCGUAGUAAACUUGAGGCGCACCAAGUCUGAAGCAGCUACUCCUGAGGAAGGAAGUGAAGUCUCAGACACAGCAUCUCUCGACAACCCUCUAUCCGACCCUAUCGUUGAGGAGUCCAUUCCUGAAGAAACCGAAUCGUCUGUCAUCGCUGAGGCGGCCACCCCUAGUAAGGUUCGCUUCAGAAACGGGGAAGAGGCAGGUCGUCCUCCUGUUAUGGCCAACUUACAAAAUGCUCAACAAGUUGGUUCUCCGCUCAAGCAGGCGGUUCAAUCCCCUGAUCGCCAAGAAUAUACAUCUAUCGCCGCUGCCACUUCUGGAUUUAAAUCCGAGAAGGGCAAGCCUCCGGGCAUGGAAAACCAAAGCGUUAGCUCGGAGAAUUCUUCCGUCAUCCUUGAACAGGCGUGGAUCAUGAAGAUGGCUGGCGAGAUUGCCAAGCGCGUCUACGACGAGAAGAACAGACAACGCAGCCCCUGGGACGAGGAGCGUGAAGAUGCCCCGCCACCAGCAUACGAGGCUGCUACUCGAUAA